UGACAUAAAUUUUCUUUAUAAUUUUAUCAGAAUUCACUAUAAACUAUUCAGGCAUUUUAUUCAACGAUUCAGGUGAUUUCAGGGUAGGACGUGGUUUGCAAUGUGACAAAAUCCUUAUAAUAUCCUAAUGAAAAGUUUAUAGCUUUUAGAAAAUAACACAUCACACGUCUUACUGAACUAGUGCUAUUUACACACGUCAACAAUGGUUUUUUAUUUUACAAGUGAUGUUGUAGCACCCCCUGUAACUUUGUUCAUGGGUAAUGACAAACAUGAGAAUGAAGAUCUAAUUAAAUGGGGAUGGCCUGAAGAUGUAUGGUUUCACGUUGAUAAAGUUUCUUCAGCUCAUGUUUACCUUCGUUUAGCACCUGCUCAAACAAUAGAUGACAUACCAAAUUCUGUGCUUGAUGAUGCAUGCCAAUUAGUGAAAGCCAACUCCAUAAUGGGAAAUAAAAUGAAUGAUAUUGAUAUUGUUUACACAAUGUGGUCAAAUUUGAAGAAAACAGCUGGCAUGGAGGUAGGACAGGUUGCAUUUCACAAAGAUAAGGAUGUCAGAAAAGUGAGAAUCAUCAAAAGAAUAAAUGAAAUUGUAAAUCGGCUAAACAAAACUAAAAGAGAGGCAUUUCCAGAUUUGAGACUCGAAAGAGAGACAAGAGAUAGGCUAGAAAGAGAAGAUAAAAAGAAGUUAGUAAGAGAGAAAAGGGACAAGGAAAAAGAAGAAGAAAAACAGAGGAAAGAGGAAGCAGAAUUAAGAAGCUAUGCAACAUUAAUGAAAAAAGAGAAUAUGACAACAAAUCAAGACGGUAAUGAUUCUGAUGAUUUCAUGUAAAAACUAAAUAAAUAAAAACUGCUAAGAAUGUAACAAAA